AACCCUCACUUUCACUCUCCCUCUCUCUCUCUCUGUCAAACCCCAAACCCCCUCAAACCCAAUGGCCGCCGUCGCCGCCAUACGCCCCUUGGUCUCCGUCCAAGCCGUCGAAGGUGACAUGGCCACCGACCAGUGCCCCACCGUCGCCCUCCCCGACGUCAUGAAGGCCGCGAUCCGACCCGACAUCGUCACCUUCGUCCACUCCAACAUUUCCAAGAACAGCCGCCAGGCCUACGCCGUCUCCAAGAAGGCCGGCCACCAGACCUCCGCCGAGUCCUGGGGUACCGGCCGCGCCGUCUCCCGUAUCCCCCGUGUCCCCGGCGGCGGUACCCACCGCGCCGGCCAGGCCGCCUUCGGAAACAUGUGCCGCGGCGGCCGGAUGUUCGCCCCCACCAAGAUCUGGCGCCGCUGGCACCGCAAGAUCAACGUCAACCAGAAGCGCUACGCCGUCGUCUCGGCCAUCGCCGCCUCCUCGGUGCCGUCUCUGGUCACCGCCAGGGGCCACAAGAUUGAGAAUGUUCCCGAGUUGCCACUGGUGAUCAGCGACACGGCGGAGGGAGUCGAGAAGACCUCGGCGGCGAUGAAGCUGCUGAAGCAAAUCGGGGCUUAUGAUGACGCCGAGAAGGCCAAGGACAGCCACUCGAUUCGGCCCGGGAAGGGUAAGAUGAGGAACAGGAGGUACAUCAACAGGAAGGGCCCGCUGAUUGUUUACGGCACCGAGGGGGCCAAGCUUGUGAAUGCCUUCAGGAACAUCCCCGGAGUCGAUGUCAUCAAUGUGGAGAGGCUCAACCUCCUCAAGCUCGCGCCUGGCGGGCAUUUGGGGCGGUUUGUUAUCUGGACCAAGUGCGCUUUCGAGAAGCUGGACUCCAUCUACGGGUCGUUUGAUAAGCCUUCGGAGAAGAAGAAGGGGUAUGUGCUGCCCAGGGCUAAGAUGGUCAAUGCUGACCUUGCUAGGAUUAUCAACUCCGACGAGGUGCAGUCUGUUGUCAGGCCUAUUAAGAAGGAGGUUAAGAGGGCACCACUGAAGAAGAACCCGCUCAAGAAUCUCAACACCAUGCUAAGGCUAAACCCCUAUGCUAAGACUGCCAAGAGGAUGGCCUUGUUGGCUGAGGAACAGAGGCUUAAGUCCAAGAAGGAGAAGCUCGACAGGAAGAGGAAGAUUGUUUCUAAGGAGCAAGCUACUACCAUCAAGGCAGCUGGAAAAGCAUGGUACAAAACUAUGAUCUCUGACAGUGAUUACACCGAGUUUGACGUCUUCCAGAAGUGGCUUGGUGUAUCCCAGUAAUUUUCUUUAUUUUGUUAUGAUUUGGUCUUUAUCUGUAUGUGGGAGGAAAUAUGUUUUUCCUCUAAGAUUUUGUCUUGCUGGAAUCAUAUCACUAGUUAUAUUUUUCACUUUUGUUUGAUGACAAUGUUAGCUACUUUGGUUUGGUUAUUUAUUCUCCAGUUUAACUU